CCCGAGCCUUUUCCAUAAUUUUCGGCUCCAUAAUCACAUGCUUUUACGCUUGAUGAUGUUCAUGGGAGAUCCCCCGUGUCCCAACAAAGUCGCUCUUCAUGUGUGAGUGUCUAUGACUUAUCUCAGGACUGGGGACCUGGACUUUAGACCUUUCUCUCAACCUAGAAGUUCAGGUCCUUUGAAAGUAACCAAGCUCAGCAACGACAAUACGCCGACCAGGUGUAGUAAGCUAAAAAAUCACUCUCAACAUGAUUGGAACCUCGACGUUCGACUAUAUCUGGGUCAAGUCAUGGGUUGUCAUAUUACAUUCCAUUGCACCGAUCUGUGUCGCCUACUGCGUCUCGAUCUUGUGUCUGCCGACCUCUUGGCGACUUCCAGCCUUCUUUGAAUAUUGGGCAUUAGCCGAGACUAUCUUCUGUCUAAUUUUCUAUCUCUAUCAAAGACGCCAGCUCCAGCGUCCGGCCUUACAUCCUCCUGUUCCGUCACAAGAGGAGCGACAGAAACUCUUCCACCUCUGUCAAGAGAGCACACAGGAUGUCGUCCGAUACCUGUCAGGCUGGUUCUUCUAUGCACCCCUGACCGCCGUCAAGCGCGAGAACGUCAAAGAGUUCUUUCGAUGGGCCUUUCUCAACACGGACCUGAGCGAUCCCACCUACGACGAUGAAGUGGAGGAAUAUGUGAAGAGCAUCGAACUUGGCACUGGGUUGAAUUUCGAGGAUGGGCGUGCCGAUGUCAAGUGUCUACGGUUGACCUUGGAUAAGGUCGAUGCACUCCAUCGAAGUCUAGUGUGGUACUCAGUAAGGUUCUCGUUCUGUUCUCGAAUUGCUAGUGCUAACGUUCUGUUGUGCAUCUUCAUCGUCGACAUCGUCACGCAUGCCUACAUGCGCUUCCACCACUUCCACCACUACCGUGCUUCAAUCAGACACUUUUUCGACGUCUUCCCUCUGCGGCCGCAAACUCUCCUGACAACACACCGUGCUCCUGCCGAAAAUCUGACGUACUGGUAUCGCCCUCAUACUUCUCGGACGGAGUUACCGAUCCUGUUCCUCCACGGUAUCGGAGUUGGCCUGUACCCUUAUAUGGAAUACCUAAAAGAAUUGAACCAGGGACGCCAGGCCGAGGACGGCGUCAUUGGGAUUCUUGCACUUGAGAUCCUGCCCAUCUCGUCUCGAAUCACAUCACCUUUGCUUCGUAAGCAAGAAAUGUGCCAACAACUUCAAGCCACUUUACGGCACCAUGGGUUCGAACGGUAUAUCUUGGUGUCACACUCAUAUGGCUCGGUAAUCUCCACACAUCUUUUGAAGACGCCCGACCUAGCAAGCAUGAUCGCGGCCGUUAUUCUCGUCGACCCCAUUUCUAUCCUCCUACAUCAACCAGACGUUGCCUAUAAUUUUAUUAUCCGAAGACCCAAGUUCGCCAACGAAUGGCUUCUAUGGUACUUUGGCUCGAAGGACGUGGGAGUAGCGCAUACACUCUCCCGCACGUUCUUCUGGUCUGAGAACAUUCUGUGGAAGGACGACCUCUUGAGCCAUCCUGCCACUGUCUUCCUCAACGGCAAAGACUCAAUUAUUAACGCCCCACUCGUUUAUGAGUAUCUCCAAGCCACUCUUGGAGACGAGGAGGAACACACCAACCGCGUCAGCUUUCAGGGAGAUGAGAUCACGGCAGACUACAAUUCUAAAAAGGCUGUGCCCGAAAAAGAACAUAGUGGUGAUGGCAGACUGAAGGUGGUGUGGUGCCCGGACCUCGAUCACGGCGAGGUGUUCGAUAAGCCGUCCCUGAGGAAACAGCUGGUGGAAGAGACUCUUGCGCGUGCGCGAGGUGACUUUUCCGUGCAACACAAGGGACGUUAGACGUUUAGAUUUGGGGUGGCUUGAAGACCAGUUGGAACUUAAUGGCUGUCAUGGACGAUUGUAUCUUAAUUCAUUGUUCAACCACCGUCCCAUAAGAGACCCUCGACUUCUAGCCUUCGUGCAAGGCA